GUCGCGGAGAGCACGCGCGCCGCGCCCGCCGAGGACACACACGCGCGAACACCACGCAGUGCCCGUCCACAUCCCAAUCCCAAUCAAUUAUUUAAACAAACGGUGACAAUAAACAACCAAAAAUCAAAAAAAUCUAAUAUGAAUAAAUAAAUAAUAUGACGGUGGUCCUCUGGCGUUGCAGGCGCGUGAUAUUGCACACAUGAUACUUCCGCCACUUCCGGUCUGUGUGUUUGUGUUUUGCUGUGCCGAAAAUAAAUAUUAAAACAAAACGUGUGGAUGAAAAUGUAGUAAUGGCGCGUGAAUUCUACACCCACACGGUACCUGGACCUGGCGGCCGUCUCCUUGUAACCCGCCGACCGGAAUACUUUGGUCAAGUAAUGGCAGCCCUCGCCGUGUCCUUGGGUCCUUUUGCUGCUGGUCUAGGAAAAGGUUACAGCUCACCAGCAAUCGCUUCCCUUCAACAACGUGACGCGGAAGCUUUUCCAUUAAAUGGUCAAGCAGCAUCCUGGUUAGCAAGUCUUUCACUCCUCGGAGCACUUUUCGGAGCUCCCUUAGGAGGUGCAGCUAUGCGUUGGGGCCGUAGACGUACCUUGAUCCUAGCUGGUAUACCUCUAUCAGUGUGUUGGUUAAUCACCGUGUUUGCAUUCAACGUGCAAGUGAUUUGCUUCUCGGCCUUCAUGAGCGGCUUCCUCGUAGCUGUGGUGCAAUUGGCCUCACAAGUCUACGUGAGUGAAAUCGCAGCUCCCAAUAUCCGAGGAGGUCUAUCCGCUUUGACCAAAGUCGCUGGUCAUGCAGGAAUGUUGAUAGCCUUCGCCGCGGGUGCUUUCCUUGACUGGAGACAACUCGCCGGAUUGAUAUCCCUAGCACCCACGGCAAUGUGCGUCGCUAUGUGGAAGGUCCCAGAAAGCCCCGGGUGGUUGGUCCUUCGGGGACGUGACAGGGAAGCAGAGGAAGCCCUGAGAUGGUUACGUGGAGGAAAUGCGGAUCUAAGAAUGGAAUUAGGGGCUUUACAUGCACACGUGCUGGCACGUGCCGUACCCGUGGACCCAAGGGUCUUAUACCGUACAUUGAGGAACCCAGCGAUGAUUGCUUGCGGAUUGAUGUUCUUCCAAAGAUUCUCCGGGGCGAAUGCGUUUAAUUUUUACGUGGUGAGCGUAUUCAGCGAGACCUUCGGCGGGACCAACCCGCAUAGUGCUGCUGUGGCCGUAGCCCUAGUCCAACUCUUAUCUUCUUUAUUAUCCGGUCUGCUGGUGGAUAAAGCCGGACGUCUUCCGUUGUUGGUCGCAUCCAGUGUGCUAAUGAUCCUCGCUUUGGCCUCGUUCGGUUCAUUUGCUUACUAUGAAGACGCCAAUCCAAAUGCGCAGCCGCAACUAGACUGGAUCCCAUUGUUAUGUGUGUUGGUCUUCACAGUAGCCUUCUCUCUAGGCAUCAGCCCAAUAUCCUGGCUGUUGGUUAGUGAAUUAUUUUCGCUGGAACACCGUGGUUUGGGUACGGCCCUAGCGACUGCGUUCAGUUAUCUCUGCGCGUUUGUCGGCGUGAAAACCUUCAUCGACUUCCAGGAGUUGCUGGGACUCUACGGGGCGUUCUGGUUGUACGCUGCUAUCUCAAUAUGUGGUCUGGCGUUUGUUAUCUGCUGCGUGCCUGAAACCAAGGGGCAGGACCUGCAGGCGAUCACGGCGGUGAGGUGAUGGACGUAUGACCUGCCGGCGUCGCAUGCUAUCCAGUCGAUCAGGAAGCUAUCCGAGCAAAAAUUCUGCAGUUUGGAGAAACGCGUCACCAACGACAACGGUAUAGCUAUCGUUUUAGUAUAACCACACAAAAAACAGAAAACUGCAAAAAUAGGUUAGAAAACUACGUUUCAUGCUGAAAAUGAAACUAGUUUGGAGCGACGUGGAUAGAUGGCAGGUUAAAUGACAAUAAAGUUGCAUACAGUCGCGGGAAAUUUCCUAACGUAAUUUUUAUCGAAGCUAUUGCAUAGCUCAUAGGCACUAGAGCGGCUAGAAACGCUGUCAAAAAUGUGUAAGUAACGAAAAAGCUUUUUACAUUUAUCUUUUUCAACUAAUACGCAAAGAUUUACACGAGGAAUAAUCACGUAAAACUUAACAUUUACUGCGCUUAGAUCCCGAUUAGAAUAUAUUAGAAAAAACACAAACGCUGGUCGUUUGUGGACAUAAAAAUACUCGUAGUCUCAAACCGCAACCUUCGCGAUAAAUAAUUAAAUAGGAAACAAAUAAAACUAGACAAAGAGUACCUUCGGAAUGUACAAUCCUAUUACUCGUAUAUCAAAUCGAAGAGUAGAAGAUGUUUUACGGAUUCAUCGCCACUAAAUUAAAUUUAGCAUUGAAUAUUAACUUGAGACCAAAGCGAAUGAAGAUAAUUCGAUAUCAAAUCAAAUUUAUUUAAGUGCUCAAUAGAAAUAUUUACGACAAUAAUGCAAAUGCAAAGUCGAAGACAAUAAAAAUUCGCAAGAAAUAAAAAAAAACGAAAUUCUAACAAAUACAUUUCAAUGAGAAGAUUUUACUUAAUCAAGACAAUAAGAUGUGUUGCGAUGAAAUUUAUUAAUGAUAAUGAACUAGACAUGUAAUCGUUUUCCAAGUAGUCAAUUUUAGGUGCUAACAAAAUGACAUAGCUAACGUGUACUGUACAUCUUUCGACCUCUCUUCGCAUUCGUGACGAUUUUAAGACGAAGACGUGUGUUUAACGAACGUAUUUCUAAGGUAUCUUAUAAGAAACGCGAGUUUUGCGCGCCAGUGGAAACCUUGCACAGCUUUAGCAGAGAUAAUCAACUUGUUUUCUACGUAUUACCACAACGCGUGUCCUAGUCUAGUGUAUAGGUUAGGUUAUCUUUUAGUAGAGACUAGCGGCGGGCAGAUGGCGCUCCACGCAGUGACACAAUAUCAGCCAUCGUGAGUUCUUCCAAACAAAAUGAACAAAAUCAAAGCGUAUUUAUUGAAUUCUAUUUUUUAAACACACAUAACCUAUAAAUCUACGUGAUAUUUUGUGAUUUGAAAAGUUUUAUUUUGUUUACAUCUAGUUGGAACGAUGAAAUAUCAAGAGAAGAAUAUUUUUUGUUUUUGCUUGGAGUUUUAUGCUCGAAAACAAUAGAAAUGUAGUAGUAAAGUUGUGAGAAUGAAUUUGUAUGAUGAAAACAAACUGUCCAUUUCUAUCAUAACGACACGUGAACAAUACCAACUUAAUAUGUGAAUAUGCUAGUACAAAUUGAUGAUAACACCACAAAUGCCGCGUCAGAACUAAAAUUAAUCCGUUUUUGGAUGCGAGUAUUAUUUAUGUGCCAUUAAAGUUGCCUAGCUAAAAGUUUGGUUAUGUUUUUUUGUUUUUCAUAUCUUAAUAUCGCGCAUACUUUUAAAAUGUCGUGAAAUAUAUAUGUGAACAAUACGAGCGAAGGUUGGGCAUUAAAAGCACCAAGAAUGACGUCAAUGGGCGGGUACGCAUUAAGCCCGGAUAAUGAACACGACGCAAACGUAUGAAAAAGGGAUUCUAUGCAUUCAUAUACAGAGUGUUUCACUUUUUCACUUCAUUCGCUUAAUUUAAACAUAAAAUUUUGCUUCUUUUAGAAGUAAAUUUAGUUUUGGGGUUUUUAGAAGUAAAAUUAGUUUUUUAAAAUGCUUGGGACACUUUGUAUGUAUACUUAUAUGCAUUACGCCCACGGACGCCUACCAAUAAUGCAUUGUUAUUAAACAAAACGAUUUCCGAAUAUAAAAAUAUCAAGAUAUUAAAGCGGACAAUAAAAAUGUGAGCAUAAAAAUGAAAAAUGGGCAAUCGAUCAGUGAAAAGCUGUCAAAAAUAAACAUUCAACUCUAUUUUUUAAUAAAUUGGACUCGGAAUAUAUCAUUCAUUCAUUUUUAUAAGUAUUUUUAAAGUAUUUCUGCCUAAAAUCUUUAAAAAAUCAAAAUUUAAUGCAAGAAGAAAAAACCGUGACUAAAACUCGUGUCUUAAGUACUUUAGUCACGACCGUGUUUAAAUUACCACUUUUUAUGUCUCAAAUUCAAUUUCAACUCUAUUUUUUAAUAAAAUGGACUCGGAAUAUAUCAUUGAUUCAUUUUUUAUUGCAUUUUUAAAGUAUUUAUGCCUAAAAUCUUUAAAAAAUCAAAAUUCAAGUCAAAAAAAGUAACACGUGUCUAAAACUAGUGACUAAAGUACUUUAGUCACGACCGUGUUUAAAUUACCACUUUUUAUGUCUCAAAACCAUGAAAAAACUUAAAAUUUUUCAGUUUUCAGUUAAAUUUACUCCAAAAUGAAUCAAAAAUAAACCCAGUCUUUUUUAAAACUCGUAAAAUAUUAGAAUUAACCAGUUUUGUGUCAGUUUACCAAUGAAUUAUGACACUUUUGUGUACCACUGUCCAAUAUUUCAGCUUGUAUUUUCGCCUGUUUCUCAUGUACGCGUAGCAAUUAUGGCAAUCGUGCGUGCAUGAUAAUUAAUGGCCACGAAUGCGUCUGUCAAUGAUAUAAAUGGCUGCGCAUCGAUCAUUUGCGAGCGCACGUUAAUUAACAAUUCGCUUCCGUUCGGCCCUUCGCAACAAUUUCUGUGUUAUUUUUUGAUUUGUGACUCACUCACUCACAACAAGAAGAUGAAAUAUACGACUACACCACUCAAAUUGAUAUUGAUGGCGUUCUACUAAAUAAAUAAACACACAUUUCGAUGCGCAGCUGUAAUAACACGUUAAGGGUGACACAGGCUGACAUAACAACAUGACCACCAAGAAAACUCAGAGAUAAAACUUGAUUUGAUAAAAAUAUGACAGCAAAAAUAACAGACGGCGUUGAUUUGGUUGCCUAUGUUAUGUUAUGAUUAUCUAAUCAAAGUGUACAUAUCUUACGUUAUGGCUAAUGUGAAACUAUUGUACUGUUGAAAUGUAACAUGUAGAUGCAUUGGCUGCAAUCUGAACUGUCAGAAGUUGCGGCAUUGUUAAUUACGCCGCUGAUUAAACGCACCCGCCGUGCAUGGGUUAAUUAUGCGCGAUGACGCGCAGCCGGAAUACACAAUUCAACAUUUGCAUGAGAUGAGAUGUGCAGGCGUGGACGGCGGCGGCGGCGGCGGCUGCGAAUUGUCAUCAUCGAACGAUUCCGGCGAGCAUCUGAUAAAAUAGUUGCCUAUUCAGCGCGAUGCCCAACUAAUUGACGGCGCGCCAAUCGAUCGCCACUGAAACUAACCUCAAAAAUCAUACAUUUGAGUGAUGCGGCAUUCUGUGAUUCUCUAUCAAACGUAAUACUUACCAAAAACCCAACAUAAUCAAAUAAAUAACUUAUCAUGUUAAAAAUGUAUUUAACUUAAAGUUAGACAACUUUAACAACAAUCGAAACUUCUGUACUUACAAUUUUUCCAAUGUUAAACUUUUCAAGUUCACCCCGUAUAAAAGUUUCAAACUUUACUUACUUACUUACCCGCAGUUGAAUUUGUUACCAAUAUAAAAUAUAACACUAGAUGAUAACGUGUAGAUGAUGUGCUUUGACAAUAAUCUGGUUCUUGAUUGAUGACGAAUUUGAAUUCGAAACGAAAACGACAAUAUCAAUGACUCAAAUUGUGCGAAACAAAAAGCUAACCUAUAAAACCGUAUCAAAUGAUUGUGCAAGCAGCGGAGAUCGCCUCAAUAAUGAGUCAAAUAUGUAUAUCAAUAAGAUGUCUUUUUAUAAUAGUUUACUUUUUUAUUAGAAAGUGAAAAAUAAAAUUUAAUAAAAACAUUACGAUCUCA